UACCACUCUCCACAAAUUCCAAGCUCUUAAACAGUGCGAGCAGCCACCACUGUCCAUGGCCAUGGCACUUCCCCUCAUGAUACUCACACUCCUCUUCUUGCUUCCAGUGACCAUGCUAGCUGAUCCUUUCCUCCAUAGAAAUAAUGGCACUGACCUAGCUGCGCUUCUAGCCUUCAAAGCAGAGUGCUCCGAUCCUCUUGGUAUUCUUGGUAGGAACUGGACCACUGGUACAUCAUUCUGCCACUGGGUUGGUGUCUCUUGCAGCCGUCGUCUGCGGCGCGUUACCGCUCUUGUGCUGCCAGGCAUACCGCUCCAAGGAGCGGUCUCCUCAUAUCUUGGUAACCUCUCUUUUCUCCAUGUCCUAAACCUCACCAACACAAAUCUCACAGGCAUCAUCCCUCCUGAUAUAGGUAAAUCGAGUCGUCUCGUUGUACUUGAUCUUAGCCUUAACGGAUUAUCAGGCAUUAUCCCUCAUACCAUAGGAAAUCUCACAAAGCUAAAAGUCCUUGUUCUAAGCCAAAAUGAUCUCUCUGGGACAAUACCAUAUGAUCUGCAAAACUUGAAUAAUCUUAGGAAUAUUGAUCUCGGGACAAACCAGUUAAGUGGUCUGAUACCACAACAGUUAUUCAACAACACACCUCAGUUAAUUGAUCUGAAUUUUGGAAACAACAGUCUUUCAGGGCCAAUACCACCCGGUAUUGCCUCCUGUGCCAUGCUUGAAACCCUUUUGUUGCAACGGAAUCAGCUAUCCGGUCCAGUACCUCCAACCAUAUUCAACAUGUCUAAACUACAACUUCUGAUCCUCGCCAGUAAUAGCUACUUAACAGGAUCCAUCCCUAGCAACAAAAGCUUUAAUCUGCCCAUGUUGCUCAAGUUCGGUAUGGGUGGCAACAACUUUCAAGGCCGUAUUCCAUUAGGACUCGCAUCAUGUUGAUAUCUUGAAGUAGUUUCCCUGUCCGUAAACUCUUUUGCGGACUUUGUCCCAGCAUGGUUUGCUAAACUGUCACAGCUCACUUGGAUUAAUUUAGGUGGAAAUGGCCUGGUUGGUUCAAUUCCGGGUGAGCUCAGUAAUCUCACUCUGCUAAAUGUGUUUGAUCUCUCAUAUUGCAAUCUAAGUGGAAGGAUCCCAGAUGAAUUAGGGGAAAUAAGUCACCUCACGCAUUUACAUUUGUCAUAUAAUGACUUAACAGGUUCAUUUCCUGCUUUUGUUGGUAACCUAUCUCAACUGUCUUUGCUGGCACUAGAGUCGAACUAUUUAACUGGAUUAGUCCCGGUAACCAUUGGGAACCUCAGAACCCUUAAUUUUCUGGAUAUUGAAAGCAAUCAGUUCAAAGGGACCCUUGAUUUCUUGUCCACUCUCUCCAACUAUAGACAACUCUUACUUACAUUGGAAUGUGUUCUUUCACUGGGAGCAUUCCUACUUACAUUGGAAACCUCUCUACAAAAUUAUAUUACUUUUUUGCAGACGCCAACCAUUUUACUGGCAUAAUCCCAGCAACAAUAUCAAAUCUUAGUAGACUUAGUGUAUUAUCCUUUGCUGGCAACCAAUUGAGUUCCACGAAUCUGGAUUCUGUUACAUUAUUAGAGAAUCUUGAGGAACUAGACCUAAGUGGGAAUAACAUGUUUGGCCCAAUCCCAACUCAUAUUGGCGCCCUAACAAGAUUGCACGAAUUAGGCCUGCGAAACAAUCAUUUUUCUGGUGUCAUACCAAGUGGUGUUGGUAACCUAAGUAUGCUAGAGCGUAUCACGCUUGCAAAUAACCAGCUGUCGUCAACUAUACCUGAAAGCUUAUUCCAUCUUAUUCACCUUCGGGAAUUAAAUCUGUCUCACAACUUCCUUGCUGGCUCAUUGCCCACUCAUUUCAGUUCCAUGGAAGCAAUGGACAUACUAGAUAUAUCUUCCAACAACUUGGUUAAUUGGUAACCUCCCGACUUCAUUUGCACAACGCGGACUGCUAAGCUACCUUGAUCUAUCACACAACAUGUUGCAAGGUUCGAUCCCAGCCUCUUUCAAAGGGUUACUCAACCUAAAAGUAUUGUGCCUAUCCUGUAACAACCUUUCUGGCACUAUUCCAAAGUAUUUGGCCAACUUUACUUCUCUGACUAGCUUGAACCUUUCUUUUAAUAAGUUCCAAGGGGAGAUACCAGAUGGAGGUAUUUUCUCAAAAAACAUCAGCUCUCAAUCUUUGAUGGGAAAUGCUGGGUUGUGUGGUGCCCCACGUCUAGGAGUUUUGCCAUGGCAAGUUGAUUCACACCCAUCCAACAAACACUCGCUAAGAUUUUUGCUUCCAGUUCUCAUGAUAACACUGGGGGCUAUAGCAAUUCUCCUAUACCUAAUGAACAGAAAGAAAAAUAGGAAGCAACCAGAUGUUUCGACUUCUAUUGACAUGGCUGACGUGAUCAGCCGUAGGUUAAUAUCCUACCAUGAUAUUGCUGAAGCCACUGAUAAUUUCAACGACGACAACAUACUUGGAGCUGGAACUUUUGGUAAAGUUUACAAGGGCCAACUGGAUGAUGGUUCGGUUGUUGCAAUUAAAGUGAUCAACAUGCAAGUCGAGCAGGCCGUGAGGAGCUUUGAUGCUGAAUGUCAAGUGCUACGAAUGGCUCGCCAUCACAACUUGAUACGGAUAUUGAAUACUUGUUCCAACCUAGAUUUCAGAGCACUGUUGCUUCAGUACAUGGCCAAUGGUAGCUUGGACGCACACUUGCACACUGAAAAUUGGGAGCCGCUAGGAUUCAUCAAGAGAUUGGACAUUAUGCUUGGUGUGUCGGAGGCGAUGGAGUACCUACAUCAUCAUCACUAUCAAGUUGUUUUACACUGUGACCUGAAGCCUAGCAAUGUGCUCUUCGAUACGGACAUGACGGUGCAUGUUGCUGACUUUGGCAUUGCAAAGUUACUUUUGGGCGAUGAUAACUCCAUGGUAUCAGCGAGUAUGCCAGGGACGAUUGGUUACAUGGCCCCAGAGCUUGCAUUCAUGGGAAGGCAUCACGGAAGAGCGAUGUGUUCAGCUUUGGGAUCAUGUUUCUCGAAGUCUUCACCGGGAAGAGGCCCACAAAUCCCAUCUUCAUCGGAGAAUCCAGUCUUAGGCAGUGGGUUUCACAAGCAUUUCCGGCGAGGCUCAUCAAUGUUGUUGACGAGAAGCUGCUCAAGGUGAAGAGAUAAGUAGGUGCGAACCAGGUGGCUUUCAUCACCAAAGCAAUACUACUGAAUUGGCAUCAUCCUCCACUGCCUCGAACGUCGACUUUCUCGUGUCAACAUUUGAGUUGGGUCUGGAGUGU